UGGGAAGGAGUUCAAUGUAGCAACACAACUGGGCACAUCACUAUGCUUAGUUUAACCACAUGUUCGUAUGACCGUCCUUUUAUCUUAAAAGGUAACCUUAGUCCUUCUCUAUUUGAGUUACAGCAUUUAAUUUAUUUAGACCUCUGUGGCAAUAAUUUCAAUUUAAGCCACAUUCCAGAGUCUAUUGGUUCACUCAACAAAAUACACCAUCUUGAUCUCUAUUCUUGUAAUUUAAGUAGAUCUCUUCCUAGUCAGCUUGCAAACCUCACAAGUCUGCAAUAUCUUGAUCUUGGCGAUAAUAACUUCAACAGUGUCAAAAAUCUUGAGUGGCUCUCUCGUCUUUCUUACUUGCAAUACCUUGAUCUGAGUGAAAUCGACCUUAGUAAGGUCAACAAUAACUGGCUGCAAGUAAUUAAUGAGCUUCCUCAUCUAACUAACCUGUCUCUAGAUGGAUGUAAUCUUCGAGAUGUCAUUCCCCAGUAUUUCCCCAUAAUUAAUACUUCUAGUACUUCUCUCGUUCACCUUGAUCUAGAAAGCAACAAUUUGACGGCUUCCACAUUCCAAUGGUUGUUCAACUUUAGCAACAACCUCGUUAGUCUCGACUUGGGUUCUAAUCAAUUGGAAGGAGGCAUUCCAAAGUCCUUUGGGAACCUGUGCAAAUUAAGGUACCUAGACCUACUUGGUAACUAUCUUGAUGGAAUGCUUCUUGAACUCAUUGGUAACUUAUCUGGAUGUCUACAACUCUCCUUGGAAGAAUUGUAUUUGGGUGGAAAUAAAAUUAAGGGACCCUUGCCUGAUAUGAUAAAAAACUUCCACUCACUGCGAGUGUUGGAUCUUUUCGACACUCAACUAAAUGGUACUGUGCCCGAAAGUAUUGGACUCCUAUCAAACCUUGAGGGCAUAUAUAUUUCUUCCAAUUCUUUGAAUGGGACUAUUGGUGAAUCACACUUUUCAACACUAUCUAAGUUACGGGCGUUGUCCAUGUCUUCUAAUUCUUUGAGCAUCAACUUUAGCAAUGACUGGAUUCCUCCAUUCCAAUUGGUUUUGAUAUUUCUUAGGUUGUGCAAGUUGGGCCCAAAGUUUCCAAGCUGGUUAAAGUCCCAGAGAAAUUUUUCUUAUCUUGAUAUCUCCGGAAGUGAGAUUUCAGAUAGCAUCCCAAAGUGGUUUUGGAACCUAUCUUCUAGAGCAGUUCAUCUGAAUCUUUCUUCCAAUCAUAUCUAUGGAAUUUUGCCAGAUUUGUCAACACAAAUUUCUAAUUCUUUUGGCCUUAGGAUAGAUUUGAGUAAAAAUAAGUUGGAGGGUCAAUUACCAAUAUUCCCUGCUAAUGUCACAUCCAUAAGCCUAUCAAAAAAUAAGUUCAAUGGGUCAAUUUCUUCUCUCUGCACCAUAACUGGCGGGAAACUUGAGUUCCUUGAUGUUUCGCACAAUCAGCUAUCUGGAAAGCUUCCUGAUUGCAUUAUGCAAUGGACAAGUCUAGUGAUUCUGAAUUUGGCUAAUAAUCAUUUAUUUGGGAAAAUUCCAAGCUCUAUUGGAUCAUUGUAUCAUCUUGAAUCGUUGGGUUUGCAAAACAACAAUUUCUCUGGAGAAAUGCCUCGGUCUCUAAGAAAUUGCAGUGCCUUGCAAUUUUUGGACUUGAAUUAUAAUAGCUUCUCUGGAAAAAUACCAACUUGGAUUGGAGAAAGGCUAAGUUCACUAAUUUUCCUUCUUCUGAGAUCCAAUAAUUUCAGUGGAGGCAUCCCCUUGCAGCUAUGUUGGUUGACAAAUCUUACACUGCUAGACCUCUCCAACAACAAUCUAUCUGGAAACAUACCAUCAUGCAUCCAUAAUUUCACUACAUUAGCACGACAGGAGAGUUCAGCCCAUGAUCAUUAUUUUAUAGACAGUGAUGCAAAUUACGGUUACUACAAAGUAAGCUACAUUGACAAAGCAUCUGUAAUGUGGAAAGGAAUGGAGCGUGAUUAUGAGAAUGGAAAUCUCAAGACUUUGAAGAUUAUUGAUCUUUCAAGCAACAAAUUAACAGGAGUGAUUCCAGUGCAUAUAUCAGUUCUCUUCCAACUGGUUGAAUUGAACUUAUCAAGAAAUCAGUUGACAGGAAGGAUUCCUUCAGAUAUGGGGCAGAUGAGACAGUUAGAAUCACUCGAUCUGUCAUUGAACCAGCUUUCAGGUCAUCUUCCUUGGAGCAUCUCCCAAUUAAAUUUCCUCAGCACUUUGAAUCUGUCCUACAACUUCUUUUCAGGGAGAAUCCCAUUAUCAACCCAGAUGCAGUCGUUUGAUGCUUCUUCAUUUGUCGGUGCUUCUUCAGAAUUCAAGGAUUUGAUGUUUUCUUGUGAAGUGAAAUUCCAAGCGAAGAAGAGAAAAGGGAUUGUUGCAAAUGGAGAGCAGUUCAGUGCAGCAAAGCAACUAGGCGUGUAAUUGAGCUUAUUCUUCAGGAUUGCUCUUUAAGAGGUGGACAUCUUCUCAGUCAGUUAGGGAACCUCACAAGUCUGCAACUUGUUGAUCUUAGACAUAAUUACUUC